AGCCCGUAUGCUACAGGCGACACAUAAAGCCCUCUUUCACUCCGAUACACCACUGUGGGCGCACGGCAACGCCGAGGGAAAAGGGAAGUAUUUUGGAGGUUUUCAGCCGACUAUGUUCACAUUUUAAAAAACUUCACAACACAAAUAGGCCUCCAAAUGCAAAAUAGGCCGGCCUACUCAAACAUUGAGGAAAGGUCGGAGUUUCUCCCACAUUGUAUCCGACAGUGAUGAAUUCGACAACAUGUACGGGGACUACAGCGUGACGGGGCGGUCGGAUAUGCAUUUCGAUAUGGACAUCGAGGUAUCGUCAGAAAAACAAAUCCCCAUGCACAAGAUGGGGAAUUCUUCAUCCAACAGCCACGACCAUCGAGGGCUGGAACAGCGAAAGACGUCCAUGCCGAUUCGUCUGCCCAUGCCGGACUCUCACGAGUUGGAAAGACGGUUUACAAAGGUUUUGAAUUCUAUGGACUUACCUCCUGACAAAGCUAAAGUACUAAAAAACUACGAUGAUGAGAAGAAAUGGGAUUUAAUCUGUGAUCAGGAGAGAGUUCAUGCAAAGGACCCGCCACAUGUGUACCUGGACAAGCUACGGACAUACCUUGACCCACGAGCCACACGUAGCUCCAGACAGCGAAUGUGUAUCGCUCUCCACACCAUGGUAACGUUCCCUCAGUGUACAGAAAGUAUUCCUGUGCCUCCGUAUCUAAAGCGAAAAAUCCUGGGUGAUUCAACCUCCACUCAAGUAUUACGUGACCUCGAGAUCUCACUCCGAACCAACCACAUAGAAUGGGUGCGUGAGUUCCUCAGUGAAGAAAACCAAGGAUUGGAUGUCCUGGUGGACUACCUGUCAUUCACUCAAGUUGUCAUGAGACGAGAACAGUUGUUGAACAAGGAGAAGACUUCCAGCCUGGAGUCUGGGUUGAGUCGGAGUCCUGGCCGGAGGUUGCGGCGCUCCAACACCCUAGGCUCACCGCGAUCCAUAAAAUACUCGAGUAAACUAAACAUGGGGGAGGCGAGGGAUGAUGUGCAUGUGUGCAUAAUGUGCUUGAGGGCAAUCAUGAACCACCAGUAUGGUUUCAACUUGGUGAUAGCUCACAAGCACGCCAUCAACUGUAUAGCGCUCAGUCUCAACCACCGGAGUCUCAGGACAAAGGCCCUGGUGUUGGAACUGUUAGCUGCUGUCUGCCUAGUCAGUGGGGGGCAUGAAAUCAUUCUCUCUGCAUUUGAUAAUUUUAAAGAGGUCUGUGAUGAAGGACACCGGUUUGAGACACUGAUGGAUUAUUUUAAAAACUAUGAGGAAUUUCAUAUAGACUUCAUGGUCGCGUGUAUGCAGUUCAUCAACAUCGUGGUCCACUCUGUGGAGAACAUGAACUUCAGAGUGCAUUUACAACAUGAGUUCACAGAGAUAGGACUGGAUGACUACCUGGAGAAACUUCGGAACACAGAGAGCGACCGACUGGCUGUGCAGGUACAUGCGUACCUAGACAACAUGAUCGAUGUGGCUCAAUUGCUGGAAGAUUCGGAGACAAAGACGGAAGCUUUGGAGAAAGUUGCUGAGCUGGAAGACGAUCUGUCUCAGGUAAACGAGAGGUUACAGGAGGUGGAAGAAGAAGCUAUGGUUAAAACAGUGGAGUUAGAGAAACAAUUAUCUGAAACAACAACAGAGUUGGAAGAAAUCAAGGAGGACUUGCGUGAGAAGGAGAGCGAGAUGAACACGUUACGGAAGACGGUGAACGAAAAGGAUGAAGAGUCACGGAAACGGCAGUCAAUGCUCGACGCCAAGCUGCAGGAGUUGGAGGUCCUCAAGAACCAAGUUGGAACUGAACCAGUUCUGCCUAACGGACUCCCCCCUCCCCCUCCUCCAAUUGCCCCAGUCAGUGCUCCGGCGGUGGCGCCUCCUCCUCCUCCCCCUCCACCUCCACCUCCUCCACCCCCAGGCUCCGGUCCUCCACCCCCUCCACCACCCCCAGGGGGAGGCAUCCCCAACAUGUCUGCUAUGACAAUCAAGAGGAAGAUCCAGACCAAGUACAGGUUGCCAAUACUCAACUGGACUCCACUCAAACCACAGCAAGUCAAGGGGACCAUUUUCUCCGAUCUGGAUGAUGAGAAGCUGUAUGCGGUAAUAGACUUUGAGGACUUUGAAGAAACAUUUCGUCUGGGUCCCGCUGGUCCAAUGCGUCAGUCAUCAACCGGCACGCCGAAGUUGUUGAGGAAGAACAAGAAGCCAGAAAGUAUUUCCUUGAUGGAGGCAAACAGACUCAGGAAUGUUGCCAUCACGAGAAGGAAGAUGGACAUGACCAAUGAGGAAAUAGUCAAGGCCAUCAUGGGCCUGGACUUGAAAAGACUGUCCUUGGAUAUGGUCGACAUCCUUCUCACCAUCCUCCCGAAUGAUCAGGAAGCCAAGGCAUACAAGAUGUAUGAGAGGGAGAAGAAAUCUGUUGAUAACCUGACUGACGAAGAUAAGUUCAUGAUGCAGUUGUGCAAGGUAGAACGUCUUGUUCAUCGACUGACAAUCAUGAGCUUCAUCGGUAACUUCUAUGAUAACUUGCAUCAUCUCCAGCCGCAAGUUAAUGCUAUCAUUGCUGCCUCCAUGUCUGUAAGAAGCUCAACGAAAGUGCGGAAACUGAUGGAGGUGAUCCUUGCUUUUGGGAACUACAUGAACAGUUCAAAACGUGGAGCUGCCUAUGGUUUCAAGCUGCAGAGUCUGGACAUGCUGGUGGACACCAAGUCUGGGGACAAGAAGGUCACUCUCAUGCACUUCCUGGUGAUGACGAUACAGGAGAAGUUCCCGGAUCUCAUGAACUUCGACACCGAGCUCAGGUUCAUAGACAAGGCAGCCGUAGUUUCGAUGGAGAACAUCACCACAGAUAUUCAUGAACUAGAAAAGGGCUUUGAUCUGACAAAGCGUGAAGCUUCAUUAAGAAAGGAAAAAGACUCACCAACAAUACUCAAAGAUUUCCUCUCUAACUCAGAAGAUCGCUUUAAGAAAUUGUUGGCUGAUGUUAAAACUGCACAGGAUGCAUACAAGCGUGUAGUGGAGUAUUUCGGUGAAAGUCCAAGGACCGUUGCCCCAUCAACCUUCUUUGCUCAAUUUGUCAGAUUUGUUAACGCUUUCAAGCAAAGUAUUUUGGACAAUGAGCGGAGGAAGAAGCUGGAGUGUGCUAGUAUGAUGGAACCCAACACCCCCAUGGCCAACAAGAAGAAGGACAAGAAGGCCACUCAGGCCGAGAUGGUGUCCGAGCUGAAGAGCAGAAACAGGAACAUCAGGGAGAAGAAGCUCCUCAACAAGGACGAGGUGUACCAUGGGGCACUGGAGGACAUCCUGCUGGAUUUGAAGAACGAGCCCUAUCGAAGAGCUGAUGCCGUGAGACGAAGUCAGAGAAGGCGCGUGGAGAAUAUCAUGCAGGUCCCAACAGGAAGGAGCGAGAUAUUUUAAAUUUUUAUCUCCAAGAGAUAGUCGUCACACCAGGGUUGUCCCUCUUGUUGGAAAUCACCAUCUCAUGUUGAAAACAUCAGGUGACCAAGGGAGAACAGAGAUUUUAAACAGUUCAAUAUGUCUUUUAUCCAAGUUGGACGAUAAAUGAAUUGUCAGCCUGGGUUAUCUUCCCAAUGUUCACGCAACACAAGAUAGUGCCAGGUACUUUUAAAAAGAUCAUGGAGGUUGCAUUUGCAGCUUGUGUACGUGACGUCCAAUCAGAGUGAGUGUAGAUGCUGAUAGAGAUCGACAAACCACAGAGAAAGUAGACUGACUAAUGUGUAGAUCACAGGAAGAUGCAAGGAUUUGUGUUUCCGUGGUUGGUGUAGCGGAAGAGAUUGGACGUGGAAGAAGUGGAAGGGGAGAUAACCCAUGCAGUAUUUCUAACGGAGAUGUUGCGAGCAGGCGGCGGCUUGCUUGUGUUAAUUGUUAUUUGUGUAAGUAACUGAAGCCAUUGACUGCAUAAUGCUAUUGCUAGUUCCUUGUUACAUGCAACACGGACGGACGGAGAGAUUACAGAGUUACCAAAUCAUUACAUGCGUUACUUGAUAUUCAGGAUCAUUAUAGCCGAGUAUGCGGUGGCCAUUUGUCCAGACUGCCUGUAGUUCAGUGCUACGACUUGUAAUCAUUGUUGUACAACAUGAAGUUAUGUUACGCUGAUGGUCAGGGAUGGAAAUGAGCCCCCCGGACCAGUUUUGUUAAAGCUUUACAGCUAGUCGAAUUUCAACCAUUUUUGGUAUAUGCUAUCAUGAUUCAGGGUAGAGGACGGGCUUGGUUAAUUUCCAUCCCUCAAGGACAAGGUCAACUGUGUCAGAAAACUGAAGCUUCAAGUCAUCUGUGCUUGAAAUCACAAUGGUUUAAAAGUACAUUAAUAAAACAUGUCCAUUUU